AUGUUACCUGCGUUGCCCACGAACAGCAACACACAUCAAUUACAUUUGGAUAACAGUAACAGCGCGUCGCAACAAGAAACCGAACAGCAGCAGCAACAACGCUCCAGCAAGCGCAGCCCCAGCAUGAUAUUCCGCAUUGAACACCUACUACCUAGCACCAGCCAAGCACCAACUCUUACCACCAGCAGUACUCCAACGACGGCAACGACAUCUACGGCAAAGCGCCCUAAGCUGCGUAACUCCUGUAACGGUGUGCUUCUGUCGCAAUUCACACCUAAGGAUACUCUCUCCGAGUCCAUACCGACCUAUGCGCUAAUGGGUGUUGGCCACCAGUCGUAUGCGGAGCAGAGUAAGAAUGCAUACUGUACGCUAUCUGAGCACGUGUUGUGUAUGAGUCCCGAACUAUUACGUCGUAUCAAGCUCUCUGAAGAUAUACACAGUUAUAAUGCGCUGUUUGAACUUCAGCCUGGCGGUAUGGUGCACGUGCGCAUCGUGCGCGAUGUGGCGCGUGAUGAGGAGCUCGUGGCAUGGUUUGGCGAGGAGAUAUCACUUUUGAUGUCCAUACCAUUUCUUACGCCACUGAAUAUACAAGGCAACAAACGCUACACCUGUCACAUCUGCCAGCUUAUCUUUGAAACACCAAACCCACUAAAGAUCCACUUAGCACUCGGUUGUGGUCGUCACUCGAUGGAUAUACUCUGGAUACGCCUACACUAUGCACUGAAAGCCACGAGCUAUACACAACAGCAGCGCCAGCUACUCGCGGCUACAGCAACAUUAGCAAGCACACAAGUUCCGCUCACCACAGCGCAGCAUUCGCCAACAGCCGCACCUUCGAACACCUCAUCCAUUUCGCCUGCUUCGUCACCACAACCGGCUACUUUUACUCAGCAAACUCCUCCACCACAACAACAUCACCAAUACCUGCGGCAAGUACAACGUUUCUCCGCCUUUAAACCCGUCUCACCAUCAAUUGCUUUCACCGCCGCCGUAACGACGAGCUCCUAUAGCAAUCCAAACGCACCCACCAGCAGCAGCGUGGUUGCAGCACCAAGUACAGCACUAUCCUAUCUACCACCGUUGGCCUCCGUUAGUGGCGCUUUACCACAUAUGCGUCUUCUACAAUCAGGCGUCGGGUUAGGCAUACCUUCCGCGAACUCGCUCAAUGCAGCGGCACAAAUCGAGGCGAUCGUUAGUAAUAUGGGCGCAUCGAAACAGGGUCACCUGUGCAUCUAUUGCGGUAAGGUUUAUUCACGAAAGUAUGGCCUUAAAAUACACAUACGCACACAUACCGGCUUCAAACCUCUCAAGUGUAAGUUCUGUUUGCGUCCAUUCGGUGAUCCCAGCAAUUUGAAUAAACAUGUUCGCCUGCAUUUGCAAUCGAAUGUGAGCAAUGCAUCGGUGGAGGGUUACAAGUGCACGUUGUGUAACAAAACUUUGGCGAGAAGACGAGAUCUUCAGCGUCAUAUAGAGUCGCGACAUUCGGGUGAUGGAGGCAGCGCGUGA